AUGGCUCCGGGCCCCUUUCUUUGUCUUGAACUCGGAAGCACCAGUGUAUCGAACAGGGGGCAAGCAGAUGAUCGGUCACGUUUGAGUGAUGAGGCAUUGAAAGCUGAGAUCAGAAAGGCGUGCGAUGUAGCCAUAGAUCAUGGACUGGACCUGGAGCAGAUCGGUGAAGACAAAGAUCCGAAUUACUUCAAGGCGCGUGGUGUCGAUUGGGGCAUUGCUCGGCGUUGUGUCAGAGACAUAAGGUACUAG